UCAAAAACAAAAACAAAACAAAGAGAUCAAAUGAAUAAGCUUGAAGAUCAAAUGGCUUUUAUCUCCCAAAUAUAUCUUGGUGGAUACCCUCAAGUUGCACCACAACAAGCGGAAUCAAAGCCUCGACGGCGGCGGAAUAAGAACAAAGGAGGAGAAAACAACCUUUCAAUGACUAAAAAAAGGAAGCUCAGCCAAGAACAAGUUGAUCUUCUUGAACAUCAUUUUGGCAAUGAACAUAAACUUGAGUCUGAAAGGAAAGACAGGCUUGCUUCCGAACUGGGACUGGAUCCUCGUCAGGUUGCUGUUUGGUUCCAAAACAGACGAGCUCGUUGGAAGAACAAGAAGCUCGAGGAAGGGUUUAGCAAGUUGAAGUCUGACCAUCACGAAGUUGUUCUUGAGAAAUGUCGCCUUGAAUCCGAGGUUACAAAGCUUAAAGAGAAACUUUGUGAAGCAAAGAAGGAAAUCCAACGGCUAGGGGAGCGAGUAGAUAGGGGUUCGAGUAAUAGCCCAAGCUCAUCUCUGACAAUGGAAGCCAUGGAUACACCAUUUUUAGGUGAAUUUGGAUUAGAAGGAUAUGAUAAUGUUUUCUACAUAGCAGAGAAUAGUUACAAUAAUAUCCCUGGCAUGGAGUGGAUGAAUAUGUAUAUGUAAAUUAAGUAGCAGGUUCAUCUUUAGUAUUUGUACAUAAUUAUGACAUCUAGUGCAAAUUACUCCUUUCUCUUUCUCAA